AUGGGGCUGGUGCUUGGAAAUGUCGAGAACUCUGGGAUGCCACCGGAAUACGAGCUAGAACACCCAAAAGCCGAACAUUGUCCUGGACCAGAGUCUGAGAAUGCAGGAAAAGGUGAUGCUUGCAAUGGUUGUGCCAAUCAAAGUGUAUGCGAAAGCCUGCCGAAAGGGCCCGAUCCAGAUAUACCGGCAAUAGUGGAAAAUCUCUCGAAUAUUAAGCAUAAGGUGUUGGUGCUCUCUGGUAAGGGUGGAGUUGGUAAAUCUACUUUCACGACGAUGUUGAGCUGGGCUUUGUCUGCAGAUGAAGAUCUGCAAGUUGGAGCGAUGGAUUUGGAUAUUUGUGGACCUUCUUUGCCUCACAUGCUGGGAUGUGUCAACGAUGUAGUGCACGAAUCGAAUGCGGGUUGGACGCCUGUCUAUGUGGCAGAUAAUCUAGCGACCAUGUCAAUCCAGUUUAUGCUUCCGGAGGAUGAUUCUGCUGUGAUAUGGAGGGGAACAAAGAAGAACGCGCUGAUCAAGAAGUUUUUGAAGGACGUUAAUUGGGAUUACCUAGAUUACCUUAUUAUAGAUACACCUCCAGGAACGUCCGACGAGCACAUUACGAUAAAUAAGUAUAUGAAGGACUCAGGGAUUGACGGUGCCCUGGUUGUGACUACCCCGCAGGAAGUAGCGCUGUUGGACGUGAGAAAAGAAAUCGAUUUCUGUCGAAAGGCAGGCAUCAAAGUGUUAGGGCUUGUUGAGAACAUGAGCGGCUUCGUGUGCCCAGGUUGCAAAGGGCAGUCUCAGAUUUUCAAACCCACUACGGGAGGUGGGAAGGGGCUUUGUGCCGAGUUAGGGAUCAAGUUCUUGGGAUCCGUACCGCUUGAUCCUAGAAUAGGCAAAUGCUGCGAUAAUGGCGAGAGCUUUUUGGACGCUUACCCAGAUAGUCCAGCAUCGGAAGCUGUACUUCAGGUUGUUGAGUCACUACGUGACGCCGUUGGCGAUUUAUAG